UCUUCCUCUUGUGUAGCACAAGUAUUAUCUGUACUUGUAUUUGUAUUAUCUUUGUGCAAAUCCUUGUGGCAGAGACGAACAGAGCACACUGAGCUUAAAAUGACGCGUACAUUAGUAUAUUAGUUAGAAAACUUCUGCCUUUGGCUUUACACGCGUUAAUACGCGCGAGACGACAAUGCAAAUGGCACAUGUCAUGGAGCAGCCGAGAACGCUUCACUCUGGAUGUUUGGUGACGGGGGUUCGCACUCCACCCAUCCGCCGUAACAGCAAGCUGGCCAGCCUGGGGCGCAUCUUUAAACCAUGGAAGUGGAGGAAAAAGAAAAACGAGAAGUUGAGACAAGGCUCGACAGGCACGGAAAGGAAAGUGUCAGCACGGCAGAGCCUCGACGAUCCGGUGAGGAAGAGCGUGGAGGAUACGGGCACAGGUUCUGGCCUGGCAUGUGGGGGGAACUCUGAGGAACCAGAGAUGCUGACUCAGGAAUAUUCAGACUGCGACGAAACAGAGGAAGAGGCCAUGGCGCCGCUGGCCAGCAACACAGAAGACCUGGGGUCAGACGAGGAUAAUCCUUCCACAGUUCAAGACACUACAGAAUACACUGAGACCGCUGAGGAGAACAGCCACAAUGAAGAGGAAGAAGAAGACGAGGAGGACGAGGAGGAGGUUUCAGCGUGUGAACCCUCCAUCAAUAAUAGCGUUCCGGUUGCAGAGGUCGUCCGUAUUGUGGAGGAGAUGAAAGCAGAGCCGGUGCUAAGAGAAGUCCUCACUCCUCCUCCCAGAGUCCCUGCAAAGCUCCUGCCUAGGCUGGGGAGUCUGGACAGUUCACACCCUACACACCAGACACGUCCAGCUCCAGCCACGCUACCCAGGAACUUCACUCUUCCUAAAGACACCCUGAGGGGCCGGAUAUCCACCCCUACGGGCUCACCACACCUGGGCAACAUGCACCCGCUGCUGCCACCUACCUGCAUCAUUGAGGAACUGCACCGAGCGCUGGCCACCAAGCAUCGUCAGGACAGUUUUAACAGUAAAGAGGUGCGCUGUUCGCCGAAGCGCCGUUCGGACGGUCACGUGUCUCGCACUUUCAGCACGGACAGCGAGCAACAGGGAGGAGAGAUGGAGAGCAAGAAGGUGGCAGAGGAGAAUAAAGAGAACAUGGGUCUGGACGAGUACUUCAGUGAUCAGGACAGCUGGAACGAGUCUGUGAUCUCCGGGACGCUACCACGGCGGAUAAGGAAAGAGCUGUUGGCGGUGAAGCUGCGUAACCGACCGAGUAAACAGGAGCUGGAGGACAGGAACAUCUUCCCUGUGCGCAGUGACCAGGAGCGUCAGGAGAUCCGGCAGCAGAUAGAGAUGAAACUGGCCAAGAGACUGAGCCAAAGACCUGCUGUGGAGGAGCUGGAGAGCAGGAACAUCCUCAAGCAGAGGAACGACCAGACGGAGCAGGAGGAGAGACGAGAAAUUAAACAGAGACUGAACAGAAAGCUGAACCAGCGUCCCACAGUAGAUGAGCUUCGCGACCGCAAGAUUCUCAUCCGCUUCAGCGACUACGUCGAAGUAGCCAAAGCUCAGGACUACGACAGGAGAGCAGACAAGCCCUGGACCAGACUGUCUGCUGCUGACAAGGCUGCGAUACGGAAAGAGCUGAACGAGUUCAAGAGCAACGAGAUGGAGGUCCACGCGUCGAGCAAACACCUCACCAGGUUCCACCGGCCAUAGCAAGGUUUCUUCUGUGAAGAACAUGCUGGACAUUGAAGGAAGACCUCAGGAGGGUCCGUCCUGUGCCGUGGCCCAUGGGUCCCUGGAGGGCCUGCUGUUGUUUUUUUUUUUUUUGGUUUGGUUUGUGUUUAUUUUUUGGGCAUUAUCUCGGGAAGCUCGGAGGCUGUGUCUCUUGAAAAUCUCGUGCAACUCCAAAAACUCCUCAGCCAAGCUACACCUGUAGAUUCUUUUUCUCUACCUGGCUUUGUUUCGUAUUCAUUUCUUUUUUUCUUAAGAAGAAUAUUGACCGAGAAGAACAUUGAUUAAAAAACAAACAAACCCAGGUCCUUUUUCUUAAAGACUCUUUUUAAAAAAAAGAAGAAGAAAAAAACACCUUUCAGUGCCAAUAAAAGGGAGGGAUGAGGGAUGACGAGGUCCUGCAUGUGAACCGUUUUCCCUCCCCGGUGAUGGUACUGUAGUCACACCUUACUAAAACUUGACUCCAGUUUCAUAUCUGCUGUAUAUAUGUCUGAAAUUCAUGUCUUACCUUUGUAAGCAUUAUUUAUU